CACCCGGGAGCGCGGCGCCGUCGCCAUGUCUCUGGGCUCGGCGGAACCGGCCUCGGACACGGGGGAGGACACGCAGUCGGCAGUGACCUUGGCGUCUGACUUGGAGCCGAAAACGAGGAGAAGUGUCCACAGACCCCCACCUACAUCACCCAAGUCGCCCUAUUCCUCCACGCCGAGGAGAGUGACGUCCUGGAAGGCUCUCAAGAUGGCUGGCAGUGCCCCUCUGAGCAGCAGGAUGCCCUUGUCCCCGCAGAAACUCUGGCUAGGGACAGCCAAGCAAGGCCACGCCCCGGGGACCCCCGUGUACCGCGACAAGGAGGACAUGUAUGACGAGAUCCUUGAGCUGAAGAAGUCACUGCACGCACAGAAGAGCGAUGUGGAUCUGAUGAGAACACGGCUGCGGCGCCUGGAGGAGGAAAACAGCAGGAAGGACCGGCAGAUAGCGCAGCUCCUGGACCCCGGCCGCGGCCCCGACUGUGUUCGCACUCUGGCGGAGAAACGGCCUGACACUGGCUGGGUCAUCAAUGGGCUGAGGCAGAGGGUCUUCAAGCUGGAGCAACAGUGCAAGGAGAAGGACAGCACCAUCAACAAACUCCAGACAGACAUGAAGACUACCAACUUGGAGGAGAUGCGGAUCGCCAUGGAGACUUACUAUGAGGAGAUCCAUCGUCUGCAGAUGCUCUUGGCAAGUUCUGACCCCACAGCAAAGAGGCCCGCAGGGGAGAAGAGGGCCGGCGUCAAGCGGCAGAAGAAGGUGAGCAGCGCCCUGCUGAGCCUGUCACGGAGUGUGCAGGAGCUGACGGAGGAGAACCAGAGCCUGAAGGAGGACCUGGACCGCAUGCUGAGCAGCUCUCCCACCAACUCCACCAUCCAGGGGUACGUGGAGUGGAGCAAGCCCCGGCUGCUGAGGCGCAUCGCUCAGCUGGAGAAGAAGAUAAGCUCAAUGGAGAGUUCCAGGACCCUCGCUGCAGAGGCGGGCAAGCAGAAGCCUCCGGCUGCCUCGGCGUCCGUCUCGCCCCUGCACGGACAGCCUCCGACAGACUGCCCAGAGGACCUCGCUCGCCUCCGAGGGGCCGUGAAGAGCCUGAAGGGGGAGCGGGGCAUGCUGCAAGCCCAGCUGCUGGAGAAAGACGUGGAGCUGAAGCAGCUGCUGCAGGCCCAGGCUGAGCUGGAGAGGCAGCUGGAGCGUGCCAGGGAAGGCGAGAGGCAGAGCCGCGAGCAGGAGGCAGCCCUGAGGGAGGAAAUCCAGACUCUAAGCAGCAAGUGUCAACAGCUGGAGGAAGCCAGGAAAGAAGACAAAGUGGACCCUGAGCAAGCGGCUCACCAGACCCACGGAGAACAGCCAGCGGCCCCCGCGGGCAGCAGGCUCUCCCAGCAGGACCCCGAGCCGCGCCCUGGCCAGGAGGGCGAGGAGGGCAUCUCUCAAGCCCCCUCCCCCAGCCUGGAAGAGAGAAGAGAGGCCGCCGCCCGAGUCCUGCAGGCCCGGUGGAGAGCGUACCAGCACCAGAAACAAAGGGCUGUCCUGGACGAGGCCGCAGUCGUCCUGCAGGCAGCCUUCAAGGGACACCUGGCCCGGACACAGCUGCUGUCCAGCCAGGCAUGUGACCCCCAGCCUCAGGAGCCGCCCGUGGCCCCGGGCCCCAGCCCCACUGUCCCCACGCAGGAGCCGUCCGUGGCCCCGGGCCCCAGCCCUGCAGCUCCCGUGGAGCACAGCCCUGAGGAAGCCGUCACUGUGGUGCAGUGUGUGCUCCGAGGACACCUGGCCCGGGCCAAGCUCAGUGCCACCAGUGACGGAGCAGCAAGUGCCAGCUCUGCCGGGAGGAGACCAGCCUCGGCGCCACGCGGAGGAGCCCCCGUGCCAGCCCCCCGGGCAGCCUCCCCCGGGGAGCAAAGUGGAGCCAGCGGCCACGAGGCCACGGCGGACCCGGAGGAGCCAGCUGCCCUGCAGGCCCCCUCUGCACAGCCCCCUGCUCCGGGGCUGCAGCCCAUGGGUGACAUCGACUCGGACGACUCGGACGACGUGGUCAUCGCUCCACUCGUGCCCACGAAGAGAGGCCCCUCCCACCCUCGGUUCCUGUCCCCGCCCCCCCAUGGCGAUGGCUGCCAGGGUUAGGUUAGGGCCACCGGAGCGAGGUGCACUCCAGAGGGGGAGACCCCUGAGCUGUCGGGAACAGAACUGCACCUGCUUACCGCCUCGGCGUCCUUAAGGG